AUGUCGUUUCACAGCUGUGUUGUUGUGUUGAAGACUGUUUCUGUUUGCUCGGUUUGUCUUUUUGGCUGGCUUGUGCAAGGUUGUGCGUGGGCUGUUCUUGUUAUCCACAGUUACUGGCUUUUUGGCACGCCGGUUGUGCCUCGUCAUCGCAGAUUCAUUUAUGUGUUGUUGUCGGCACAAGUAUUGUCUUUCCGGCAGCGCGCCAUAAAUCGCGCAACACUUUAUGAAGCAGGAACAAAUUUGUAUUCUUCGGCCACUAUGCAAAAAACUGUCAUAUUAAAAGUUCAAUUUCCAUCGUUUAGCGUAAUAUAG